AUGACUGUGGACGUAGCCAAGAACCAACCGUCGGUUCUACUCGUAACCGAAGAUCCGCCAGGCACCGAUUAUGCGCCACUUGAUUUAGCAGCCUAUCACGCAAAGGACACCAAGAUUCUCGAGCUUUAUCUGACAAAAGUGGAGAUAGACCAAUGCGAUUUGAACGGAAUAACUGCCCUGUACAGCUCCGCCAUCCCCUCUAACGCCGUAUCCGCUCGCUACCUGUUAGAAAGGGGUGCAGACAUCAACCAUCGUGACAUAGGCAGCCGAACUCCAGUACACGUCGCAGCAGCCUUCGCAAAGAACGUGGAUUUCUUCAAUAUUUUUCUAUGUAAUGAAAAGGUGGAUCUCGGAAGCUGCGACGAACGCAAACUAAUCGUCCUUACUUAUGCAAAGAGUAACCAAUUGGGGCUGGCAGAGGCAAUCUUCAGUCGUAUUGAAGAGAAAAACAAUGACUUACCUUUCGUGCCAGAUGCUAAUUUAGAAAACCAGCAGAGAAACAACGAGUUGUACGGCUUGGCAGCCAAUGGGUUAACUGUAUGUGUGUCACUGAGUCGGAAUGAAUAUAAAGGUGAAGAUUAG